AUUUCCCUACAUCGUAGUAUCAAAUUCGUACUGUCAGUUAAACAUACAUAUAGUAUAUGGUAUAUUUAUUUAUUUUUGAAGUAAUCAACUCCUCUCACCAUGAAACGCAUACACGCCGACAACUAUGCGCCCAAGUAUAAGAGUGGGAAGUGGUCGUGGGAUCAUGCAUCGGAUCGCCUGCAGUUCGAGCCGCACAACGACUUGGAGAACUCGCGGGAACGUUAUAUCAUAACGAAUGGUUACAAGUUCCUGCGCACCAUCAAUCAGGAGGAGGAGCUGAUCUUUCGCCAGGAGUUUCUGCGGCCGCCCACAACCUUUGACUCGGACACGGUGGUGAUAAACGAUAUACGGGACCUCGUGCUUUUCCUCAUGCCAUCCGAGUUUCUGACGAAGCGCUUUCUGGACUUUAUGCACAGACCAGCUGUUCACCGACUCCUGCAUGCUCUCAUCAUAUAUUUUGAAUACUUUUUGCGCAUGGUGGAGUUUGUGCUGAUACGCCGAGACGAGCUGGCCGGCAAUAUGGGGCAGAUACAGAGCGAACAAACAAACGACAUGAAGCGGAUAUUCUCGAUCUAUUUGAGUCAGUAUCGUAUGCUCGUGGCGCGCAACUACAGCGUUAUUGUGAAGGGCGAGGGGGACAUGCACAAGUUCUAUCACAUGAAGGAGAUCGUCAACAUUUCGGCCACGAUCCAGGACAAGUUCUUUCACGAGCAGUUCCUCGCAGUGACCACCCAAAUCAUUUGGAUCUCUAUGCAUCGGCGUGCGUACAAUGUCAUCGAGAUGGAGAUUGCUCGACUCUUUCGCUCCGAGCACUUUGUGAAGCAUCGUCCAGAAUAUUUGAGCUUUACGCCGUCGGAGCGCAGUCUGCUGUACGGGCGUAACAAUAAGAUCGUGAACUACCGUACCCAGGUGUCGCCUCUAAUACAAGAACUGCAACACGUGCCCGACGAGGAUCUGCCCAUACUGUGGAUUGGGGAGCGCAAGUAUCGCGGCACAGACUAUCGCAUAGCGGAAAUCGAAUUGGAGUACAUAACGCCGGGUCCGCAGCUGCGUAUGAUCGAUGUAGCGCACGGAAUUCUGGGCAAUCCCAAGAACCUGUACAACACACUUCUCGAGCUGGAUUGGCCUUCGGUGCGCUACGCCAAUUUCACACAAUUCCAUGAUCCCUACCACAUUGUUCGCCAGCCUUAUCUGCGCAUACCGAAAAUCGACGAGGAGGCAAUGCGCCGGAUGUCCGAACACUUCCCACAUUUCUACAAAGUGUAUCGCAUCUACGAGCCGGUUACUGAGCAAAUGAUGCAAAAGUGGCGACGUCGCGACAAGGUCAUCAACUUCUAUAGCUCCGGUGGACUGCUCACCAACAUUUGGGUGCGCUGCGAAAAGGAUGUUGCCGAACGCUCCUAUGGCCCCAGUGUCGCCCACAUUACUUCGAACUACUUUAAGGUUGUUAGUCGGCUGCGUAAGCGACAGAGCAUCGAUGCAGACGAUCCGUUCAAGCUUCAACAAAGUACCCAAACCAUUGGAUUACGUAAGAAACAAGCCAAUGCGGAUGAGGAGCACUACUUUGAUCCCUAAAGGACCCAAAUAUCUGAUUAAAGACAACAGAAAACAGCUACCUCAAGUUCUUAUACAAAGUCGAUUUGGCUGCUCCCGAAACAUGUAUUAAAUUAUAUAUUUGCAGAAAUAUAAAUAAUAAUAUUAAA